GAGCAGCAGCAGGAGGAGCGAAGGAGGAGGAGUGAGGGGUUCACUACGAUAUAUAUGAAGUUUACUAAAAGGCUGAAAGAGGAGGAGGGGAACAGAAAAACGGAGUGAAGAGGAAGCUGAGAGGAGGAGGAGGAGGAGGAGAGAAAGCUGGAGAACUUGUUGGGUUUCUCUCUGACGUCCUCAUUAAAGCUGCUGCAACACUGAAUGCUAUCAGGACGGAGCAGACAGCUGGCACACACACACACACACACACACACACACACACCCCACACACACACACACACACACACACACACACACACACACACAGUUGGACAUGAGGCCGUUUGGUGAGGACUCGCUGCAGUGACAGUUGGGAGUAACCGGUAGUUCAUCCAGCCAGGAUGUCGGUGAAGCUGAGAUUCGGCUCUCCGUCAGAUGGAUAUUUGGUCCACCGGAGCCGCUCCUUCACCGGGUUCAGCUCUCUGACUGGACGACAACGGGCGUCUUUUGGUCGUAACUCUCUCCGCCCCAAAGCCACGACGGGAGGUAAAUCUCCCAGAAUGCACCUGUCUCUCGGCAGCGGGGCCGGGGCUUUCUGGCCUCUGCAGCCGGAGGAGGUGGACCGGGUCUUCAAGGCGCUACGCAAAGGACUCAAAGAAUAUCUGGAGGGUCACCAGGCUGAGAUGGACUUCCUGUCUUCACAGCAGAGAGAGAGCAAGAGAAACUCCAGACUGGCCUACCUGUAUGAUCUAGAAAAGGAGAUCAGAGCCUUGGAGAGAUACAUACGGAGACUAGAGUUCCAGAUCAGCAAGGUGGAGGAGCUGUAUGAGAGCUACUGGGUCCAGUGGAGGCUCCUUCAGGGAGCCGUGAACAUGAAGCGAGCGUUCUCCGUGUCUCCGUCCUCCAGAGCCUCCAGAGACAGUCUGCUGGAGCUCAGCCGCAACCACCGGCACAGCCUCCAGGUUAUGUCAGUAAUGGAGGAAGAGUUAGAAAUCCUGCUGGGAGAGCUGCACAUCAAGAUGAAGGGUCUGAUUGGUUUCGCUCGGCUCUGCCUAGGAGACCAGUACGAGGUGGUGGUGCGAUUGGGCCGCCAGCGAUGGAGAAUCAGGGGGAGGAUCCAAUCAGACGACACGCAGUCGUGGGACGAAGAGGAGGUGGUCUUCCUCCCACACAUACACCACCACUUGGAGAUCAAGGUGACGGAGGCCAAGGGUCUGGGUUGGCUGCUGGUCGGCAUGGUAACGUGUGCCAGCGCAGACUUCUUCGUGGCGAGAAGUCAGAUGAUGGUGGUGGAGGUCACGGAGCUGGGGACCCUGAAGCUGCAGCUGGAGGUCACCUGGAGUCCCUUUGACAGCUCUGACAGGAUGAGGCCGUCCAGCAGGAAGACUUCAGUCUACAGCUGGACGGCACCGAGUACCCCGUACUGCAUACACUCGAUGAUGCAGGACCCAGACAGCUCGUCUCUGGUGUCCAGAGGUCGACCAAUCAGAGGAGGCGUGUCUCUGGUCAGCUACCUGUCCGACCCGUCGCACGCCGUCGCCACGCCGACACCCCGGCGCCCAGAGCCCCUUCAGUCUCAGGCGGACUCCCAGCUACCCCUCCAGCCAGGGCACCAGUCUGGGGGGGAAGCCCGACCCAGAUGUCCCUCCUGGACCUGUCCACGGAGGAGAAGGAGGAGGGGGGGGAGUGGUGCUCCCCUCUCCAUUCCCAGGGAGGUGGGCUCUCUGUCCCCCCAGGUCCAGAACUCCAGACCUCCUCAGACAGAGCACAGACCAGGACCCCCUCCGGAGUUCAGUUGCAGGACUCCCCAGAAAUGUCGGUCUUAUUCCCCGACCCCCCAACCCCCCCGACCCCCCCCCACUCUGCCCCCGGCCGCCGCCCCGCCCCCGAGCGUUGCCCGGCGCGGGGCCCUCGCCGUCCGGCUAGGAACCCUGAUGGCGGAGCUGGAGGAGACGUUGAAGAACCGGAGCGGCUCUGAGAAGGAGCUGAGAGGCCUGGACCAGCAGGUCCUGCACCUGGCGACCAUCCUGAAGAACGACCUCUCUCUGCUGAGAGGCUCAUCUUCAGAGGAGGAAGACGUGGAAGAAGUCCUGGGCAGCUUUGACUUCCUGUCACAUGACGAUGACGCUUCCUGUCUGGGCAGCGUGAGGCUGGAAAUGCAGCGGGUGAGUCGAUCACAGCUCUCCUCCGUCUGCACCAGUCUGAGGAGACUAGGACCAUCGACUUCUGAGGAGAGAUUGGGCGUCGCCCCUCUGACUUCUGGGAAUUGGAGUCUGGACCAGGCUCUUGAGACACACCUGGACCUCUGUUGCAUACUGCUGCAGACCAUCAGGACGACCGACUUCAGCCCGACCCGGACGGAGCUGCUGCAGGAGAUGAGCCUCCAGGCCGACGUCCUGAGGAGCAUCAGCUGCUUGCUGCUGGAGAAGCACGGCGGCGUCUCGGCUGCCGACGUCCUCCCGGAGGCCCAGAGGACGAGGGAGGUGCUGCUGUUCUGGGAGGAGUGCGUGGCGGACGGCGGCGCUCCGUUCUGCUGCGUCUCGAGCCGGUUCUGCAGGACCCUGAAGAAGCGCUUCACCCACAAGGUGGAGGCCAAGCAGCGCGGCCAGGCGGACAGAGUGUUCUCUCAGCUCCUGCAGCAGCUCCAGACCUCCUGCCGGUCGGUGCCCAGUCCUCGUCAGGUCUGCAGCCCAGAGAGAGUGACCAUCUUCCAGCUGUGGUCGUAUCUGAAGCGCUGGAGCCUCCAGGAGCUGGGAGAGCACAUUACUCACGGCUCUCCAGAGAAGUACAUCCUGUCAGCCCUGAGGAGCCCAAAACGGAGGCGGACUCUAAAUAAGAUGAGGGGGCGGAGCAUGGUGGAGCUCCUCCCACUAGGAUGCACGCUGCAGACUCUGGCCGCCCUGCAGGUCGACUCCAACCACAAAGUCUGCAAAGCUGCAGCCAGCUGUCUCUGCAGGGCUGCAGCCUGCAAGGCCUUCAGGACCCAGGCCCUGGUUUACUACACCGAGAGUUUGAAAAGCACUGAUGUUCAGAUCCAACAAGGCUCAUGUAUGGCUCUUAAAUGCCUCAUGGCGACAGAGAGCGUGGACCACAUAGCAGACCUGUGGAGCUCAGGGGAUGAGGACCUCUGCAGCGCCGCCAGAGAAGCGGUGCUCUCCUUCGGUAAAAAAGGGCUACCUGCCUUCCAGAGGAUGGACCAGCUGUCCACUGAGAUGCAAGAGGAGUUCUACCAGAACCAAGAGACUGAGACUACCUUCCUGUAGGAACCGGGUCCUAGACCUGAACGAGGUCUUUGGACACGACGGGUCUCAGUUGAUCCUGACUGACGUCUGGGUCACGUGUUUCAGGAGAACCAGGAAGCUGAGGCUUCAUCCAAUGAGAAGAGACUUUACUGGGAACCUGAAUGUUUUGCAUAAAGAAGAGGAGGAGCUAUAAACUACUUUCACCUACUUGAGAAAUUGUCUUAACAUCAAAGCAGAAGAGCUUCAGAUGUUUGAUGAGCAAAACGAUGACGUGAACUUUGAACCAAUUACUUUCUACUGAAUUGAUAUUUGUUUUUUCUCUAAAAUUUCUUCAGUGUUUUGUUUUGUUUCAUCAUUUUGUUCAAUUCCCUAAAAUAUAAAAACAGAAGAAAAACAGCUGAUUAAGUUUGUGAAUGUUUGAAUGUCUCUGCUUUGUAGUCUGACCCUUAAAAACACAAGACAGUAAAUAAACACAAUAAAUAAACAGUAAAUAAAAACAAUAAACACA